CUCAGUCAAGUGAAUCACUAAUAUGCGCUGCUUGGGGAUUUUUUUUUUCCACCGGAGAGCUGUAACUAGGCAACGGGGCGAACACAGGGCACCUCGAAAAUAUUGUAAAUGGAUGAAUGAGCAUCCACGGUAUAUUUAUUUGCCUUGCCCAGGAUGGACUGCAUGUAAUAACAGUGUAGAUGUGAACACUGGUCUUAUUUUUGAUUGGCGUUUGGAGAUGGAGGAGUAAAGGCACCGUCGCGCACGGACAUAAACGCUGCUGUCUGGCCUUCUUAAUCUGAUUUUAGUGCUGGAGGAGAAUUUAUUAUUAUUAUUAUUAUUAUUAUUAUUAUUAUUAUUGAUAUUAUUAAUAAUAUAAUUAGGUGGGUUUUGUGUUGUUGAGAGAGAGAGAGAGAGAGAGAGAGAGAGAGAGAGAGAGAGAGAUUGUGGGCUGGCUGUUCGGUGUGAGAAUGCACAUUGCGAAAGAGAGCUCGCUUUCUCUCGCCAUCAUGCCCUCACACGUCUGUACGGAUUAGCGGUGGAGAUAAAAAGCCUCUCCGGAGUUUGCGGUGCUUUUGCGUGGCAUGUCGGAGUGAAAGACACAGACGCGGACAGCCGACAAAACUGCAACAACCCAGCUGCUUCCAGCUCUCAGUCUGACAAAAUGGGAGAGCAGCCCAUCUUCAGCACCAGAGCCCACGUCUUCCAGAUCGACCCCAGCACCAAAAAGAACUGGGUCCCCACCAGCAAGCACGCCGUCACCGUGUCCUACUUCUACGACAGCACUCGCAACGUCUAUCGCAUCAUCAGCCUGGACGGAUCCAAGGCCAUCAUCAACAGCACCAUCACCCCCAACAUGACGUUCACUAAGACCUCGCAGAAAUUCGGCCAGUGGGCGGACAGCAGGGCCAACACCGUCUACGGCCUCGGUUUCUCAUCCGAGAGCCAUCUGAGCAAAUUUGCGGAAAAAUUUGCGGAGUUUAAGGAAGCUGCACGGUUAGCAAAGGAGAAAUCUCAGGAGAAGAUGGAGCUGACCAGCACUCCCUCACAGCGCAAACUGGCUUUGGCGUCUUCGAAGUUCAAGCACAAACGGGACUUGACCAUGGCCACUAAAAAGGAAUCAGCUACUGGUGACUUGCAGUCACCUUUGACCCCUGAGAGCAUCAACGGGACGGACGAUGAACGGAUCGCGCCCGACGCCUCUCAGAACUCGGAGCCUCGAACCGAGACCAACGCGGUGCCCUUCCCACACAGCAGCUCGACUAACAUGAAUAAGCACUGGGAGGCCGAGCUGGCGGCACUAAAGGGCAACAACGCCAAGCUAACGGCAGCCCUUCUCGAGUCGACAGCCAACGUUAAACAGUGGAAACAGCAGCUAGCUGUUUACCAAGAGGAGGCAGAGAGACUGCACAAACGGGUGACAGAACUGGAGUGUGUCAGUGGGCAGACGACAGGAAUCAAAAACCAGAAAACAGAACUGAACCAGACGAUAGAGGAGCUGGAGGCAGCGCUGAAGGCCAAGGAGGAGGAGCUGGAACGACUAAAAGCAGAAGUUGAGAAAGCCAACGAGUUGCAGUCGGAGAAAGACACAGUCACCCAGAAGCUACAGGAAACGGAGACACGGACUUCAGAACUGGAAGCUCAGCUAGCCGAGCUGGAGCAGCGUGUGGAAAGCAGUCACACCGAACAGGAGACUUUUCGCAAAAACCUGCGCUCGCUUCUCGAGCUGCUCGACGGUAAGAUCUUUGAGCUGACCGAGCUGAGAGACAGCCUGGCCAAACUGAUCGACGGAGGAAGCAGCUAGAGUCUGCAGGAGCACACUGCCCUCUGGUGAAGAAGAAACACACACACACGCUCUCUCUCUCUCUCUCUCUCUCUCUCUCCCUCUCCCUCUCUCUCACACACACACAGACACACACACACAUUCAUGCCAGGAUGGCAAACUUCAUUAAGCAUGCAUGCAAACAGACAGAUGGAUUAAAAAUGUCCACAUUCUCACACAGGUGCACUUCCACAAACAGGUGCCUGCACACACACACACACACACACACACACACACACACACAGACUACACAUUAUGGGCCUAACUUGGGUUUCAACCUGCCUUUUUGGAAUUUCUGAUUUAUAUGAACUUUACACAUGUAAAAAGGGCAUCUCAGAUUAUUUUGUACCAUUGCAUCAGAGCUUUUCAUACAGAGACGGCUGUCACUGUGUCUCAGUGAUAAGUUUAGGUGAAUGGAGUGUGUUGUAAGGCUUUUUUUUUUUCAGAUUUAAAUUACAGGUUGUCUGUAUUUUAUGUCAGUUUUAUGUAUGAUGGUUUUCUGUGAUUAGUCACAUGACUAGAGACAUUACAAAUACAAUACAAAGAGGAAUCUGCGAAUGAAGAGUGUUGGAGCUCAAAAACUAAACGAAAGUAAUUAAAACAUGUUAUAAUACAAAUACAGCUACCAUGUUUGGGACAUAUUAUCAUGCUUAUUGUUGAUAUUUUGAUGAGUUUGAAUCGCCACUUGUCCCAUAUAUCGUCUUUACAGUUGUGAACAGCUGGAUGAGCAAGGAUGGGGGAAAAAAUGUAUGGAAAAAUUAUAGUUAAGAAGUAGCAAGUCAAAAUUAUACAUGAAAAUUAAAUUACACACCUAGAAUAAAGACCAAGAAUAAAAUAUUUGUUUUCACGAAUUUUUUAAACUAGUCUGCAAGUUGUACAAGACAGUGGCGGCUUGUCCUUAGGGGCAGGUGGGGCAGAGACACACCAUAUAUAUCAGCCGUUCAAUGAAUGUUAAUCUUCAUGAAGUGAUCGUUCACAACUCUAUACAUUUUAAAUUCUGUUCAAAUACAAAUGACCUCUUUGAGCAACCUCACGAUUUUAAAAACUACUUAUAACGGAUAUAACAGUCCGUACAGGAUUUCGCAAAUUUUUUUGUGAUUGUUGCGGCCAAAAAGGCUUGAUUUUACUGCGCUUUUUUCAAAAUUUGCAAGUUUUUGGUGACUUUUUCCAGAAAACUACUCAAAUUGGCAAAAUUGUAAUUGUACAAAAUUGUUUUGCACACUCCUUCGCAGUGAUGUUUAUUGGUAAGCGAGACCUUUUAGCUGUACUCAUGUUCGACACACGUCAAUCGAAGAGGCUUUGACUGAAUGCUUGUCGUGAUGAUGUCACGUGACGUGUCUCGGCCCGAAUCUGCAGAAAAUCUACGGUAAUUUUUAAAAAUUGCAAGCUCCUCCGUAUAUUGUGCCGCUUGCUUGAUUUUGCGUUCAUUUCGGCGAUCGAAAGAUCGUGAAAUCCUGGAAGGACUGAUUUAAGCGGAUGUUCCGUUGAUUUGCUCUUCUUUUUAGUUGUUGCGUAGUCAUGGGGCAGCCUGCUCACUAACCCAUUUAGCUCCUUAGAGUUAUUACUGCACCUAGUGGUCAAAAAUGGGAACUGCAACAAGUGCUAAUAGAGGCCCAUUGGAGCAGAAUUCAUGCUGCCCCAUGCUUGGUGGAUGAACAGCGGACGGGGCGUUUAAUAAUCGUUUUGCCAGAAUGGGAAGAAAAAGUCAAAAUACUUUUGAACUAAAUGAUCUUGAUUUAUAGCAAAUAAUCUGAAUUAAAUCUAAUAAAUUUCUGCAAGUGCAGACAGUGUGUCUGAUGUACAGAACCAUUUCUACGGUAAGAUGUAUUGAAAAGAUUGGGAGAAGGAAAAGGAGGAUUAUUUGAGAAAAAUGUGCAUCUCUUUUCCAGUGCCUGAAAUUUUUGUUCUAGUUUCAGGUUUUUUGAGCUGCGUUUGGGGUGGCAAUCAUUCAAAACAAGCUGCUAGACUUUAGUCUAGAUGACUGUAUGUUAUCGACUCUCCACUGCCAUAAACUAUAGGGAUACUCUAAAAAUUCACUAGAUAGAACCCUAUAGCAUAAGUCAAGUGUGAUAGCUUUCCGACUUUAUUUUGAUGUCGUCCUGCUUCACCAAAAUCUAUGUUCACGAGCCGCUGCUGGACCAUGGAGUAAAAUUCAUGAAGUUGCACACCUGGGAAAUGAUCGCAACAAGACAUUACGACAUUAUGACUAGUACAAGAUGUUUAGCAUGAUCAAGAUGAUUAAAUAUCUUCAUAGACGACACUCUGUGUUUUUCGACCUAAACCAGAAAGCUGCUCCCCCCCACCCCCCUCCCGUCCCCCCAGCAUCCCGGGCCCACACCGCACACUACACUGUAUGUUUCUGUAUGAAUAUCCUGUGCAGUCAGGUUUUACUUGAACUUUAAAGUCUAUUAUUCAUUCACUGGUUAUUUGCUGUAAUGAAGAUUUUGAAUGCUCCCGUCAGAGGUCAUGCUGCUCUUCUCACCACAGCUGGAUUUUUUUUUUCGGGGAGCUUUAGACAGUCAAGUGACUAUAUGAGGAUUGUGGAUUACGAAUACACAAUCAGGACACGAACAAGUCGAAGAAUUUCUGCCUUGGUUUAAAAAAAAAAUUUAACUACCACCAUCAGCAAAGGGGAUUCCAGAGGUUGGAUAUUCCAAUAUUCUUGUCAAGUCCCAGCUUUGUGGUACUUCCAAAACCUGAUGAGUCGACACGUCGUGUUUGUGGAUUUAACCCGAACAGAGAAACCAUCCUUCCACUAUCAGAGCAAUACAAAAGGAAAAAAAACCCACAAACGUCUCACUUUCAGGUAUUCUACUUCCCUCUUGUCUGAACAAGACGUGAUGAUGUACUAACACGCGCACACACACACACACACACACACACACACACACACACACACACACACAAAUGAAACACUUUGCAGUGACAAUGGGCAGUCUUUCAUUUCUACACAUUUUUCUAAUAUAUAAAUAUUACUAAUUUAUAGUGCAGUUGUGUAAACUGACCUGGGUGAAAUUUUUAUUAUUAUUAUUAUUAUUAUUAUUAUUUAUUUUGAAAUGAUAGACUUGAAUAGAGUUGUUUUGACCUUAUGAUUUCUGAUUCUUUUAUUGUAUUCAGAAAUAUAUUCAUAGAUGUUACAUUCAUUUUAAAAAGAGUUUUAUUUUUGUUGAUCUUUUGUGAAUUUUGUUUUCUUUUUUUAUCGUGAAAGCAUAAGCAUAUUAUGGCUGUCUUUUUAUUAUGUGGAAAUAAAAACUGGCAAUAUUUUAAAGCUAUAUAAGUAUUUAAAAGGUAAACAAUACUGCAGUCACCUGUUCCAAGCAGGUGUAUCUUUGGAGAAAGUUUUUUUUUCCCUUUUCUUUCUUUUUUUUGCAAAUCUAUGUUUUCCUGUACAGAUGAACUUACUCCAGUUGCCUUUACUCCAGAUGAUGAAAAAUGCAUCAUAGGUAGCUAAAGGUACUUUGGUGGACUUUUAUUUUGCCAAAAAAAAAUCUGUGAUUAUGUACAGUACAGUUUCAUUGACAGUAAGCGUAAACCUGAAAAACACACUUAAGGGCUUGCAUUUUAUGGGAGGCUUCAACUGGGAUCAUGGGUUGUUUAUUAUUAUUAUUAUUAUUAUUAUUAUUAUUAUUAUUAUGAGCUGUUGAUAAUUAAUUAUUCUUUCGGAAGGGGGUUGAAUAGUAAUUUUAGAUGUUGAUUACACCACAUGCUUAAACAAUUGUAACGGAGGUAUUUAUAGUAAAAUAAAAUAAUAAAAAAAUAUAUAUUCAAAA